GUAGAAGCUUCAGUUGAGUUUAUAACGUUAGCAACAAACGUUCGUUUACAAGGCAAAAGCAAAACAAAACAAAAAAGAAACAUGUCGAAAAUUGUUCUCUAUGGAGUUGACUUGAGCCCACCAGUUCGUGCUGUCCUGCUCACACUCAAGGCACUGGAGUUGCCUUUCGAGUUCAAGGAAGUGCAGCUUGGAGUUCAAAAUCGCACACCAGAAUACCUGAAGAUGAAUCCACAGGGCACAGUUCCAGUACUGGAUGAUAAUGGAACCUACAUACACGAUUCACAUGCCAUAUGCAUAUAUUUGUGCGAGAAAUACGCCAAAACAGAUGCCAUAUAUCCAAAGGAUUUGGUUAAACGGACAGUGGUUAAUCAGCGUUUGUUCUUCGAUGCCGCUGUCCUAUACAAAGCACUGUGGAAUGUGAGCAGCUCGUUUUGGCACAGCGGCAUCACGGUGGUCGUCAAGGAGAAGACACGUAAUGUCCACGCUGCCCUCCAGCUAACCGAGGAUCUAUUGGCGGAUAAUCCCUAUAUUGCUGGCGAUGCAUUGAGUAUUGGUGAUUUGUGUUGUGUUGCCACAGUUUCAUCGGUGCCCGCUGUUUUGGACAUUGAUCCAGUCAAGUAUCCCAAGGUUACCGCUUGGCUGGAACGGUUGAAAAAGCUGCCAUACUACGAGGAAGCCAACAAUGUGGGCGCCACCAAGUAUAAUACUUUUAUGCGCAGCACUUGGACGAGUGUUGAGCUGUAAGGGGGAAAGCAAAAAAAUUAGCCAAAGCAAAUAAAUGUAACACUUCAGAAAUAUAUUACAUCUAAGCUUUUA